UGGUCAUGCUAGACAUGCAGCUUACUCCACUAAGUAGGGCCUACUAGGCAUAGCCUACUGUGUUUUGUUUACUCGUUUUUGUUUCGUUUAUGGUAUUUGUUGUAUAUAUAUUUUGUCGUGUCGUCACCUAUACAUAUUUUGCACCAGUUCUGGGUUUGAAGCACGUCUCCUGUAAAUAAACCAGGGUGAACAGAAGUUUUUGUCUCCUGCCACUCUUUUGUUGCUCCAACCGCCGCCGGACUCCCUCACAGAUGGUGUCAGAAGUGGGAUCCUGGGGCUGCAGCGACAACUGAGACAAGGGCAACAGGGGGCCAGGACGAUGAGGGGGUGGUGCAGCUAACCACCUCAACAGAAGGUGAUCCUGCCUUCAUGCAGUUGGCAAAGAUGUUUGAGAGCUUCAUGAACUUUCAGAGAGAGAGAGAUGAAAGGCAAGAGAAAGAAGCAGCUCGACAUGAACACAACUACAGGGUCCUCAGUCACCAGAUCAACCAGCUUCAACUGGACGUGGAGCAGGCUAGGACUGGAGGAAACCCUUCAAGAUUGGCAUCCAGAGAUGUGUGGAGCCGUGAACCAAAGCUCGCAAAGCUGGAAGACUGCGAUGACAUCGAGCACUUCCUGACCACCUUUGAAAGGCUUGCAGAGGUCUACAAGUAGCCCAAAGAGGACUAGUCGGUACGCUUGAUUCCACUCUUGACCGGCAAGGCCCGGAGCGCUUUCGUGGCCAUGAGUCCUAGCAGCACCAAGGACUAUGACCUUCUUAAAGAAGCAGUACUGAAAAAGUACGAUAUUAACGCUGAAGCUUAUCGUCAGCGGUUUCGUGCUAGGGAGAUGCCAGCAGAAGAGUCACUCCAAGAACUUUUCAUCUGCUUAAAAGACCUGUUCAUCAAGUGGGUGAAGUACGACAGCAGCAGCAAAGAGGACAUCAUGGAGACUGUGAUGUUGGAGCAGUAUCUACGAGUCCUACAGCCAGCGGUGAAGAUGUGGGUGAAGGAGCACAACCCGAUGAUGGCGGAGCAAGCGGCAAACCUGGUAGAAGAUUUUGUUGCUGCUCACAAAGGACCGGGGGCAUAUCGCUACGCAGGAGGACUACCAAUGGCCAGGGCUCUUGUACAUUUAGCCACGCCAUGCAGCAGUUCCAUUAAGAAUGGGGCAAGCGGUUGGGGCAGGCUGGUGGUGGAGGACUGACCUUGUCACUUUAAUGGGUGAUGGGACUUCAGCCUUAAAUAAUAAAGCAUUGGUCCAGGCAGAUGCCAUUCUGGGCUCAGGAAAGACAUGGCGUGGGGUACAUGGACCAGGUGUUCUUACGUUUUACGGAUUUGGUGUUUUUAUGUGUAAUUGUCUAGCAAUUAAAUAAACAAUUAGGCCUAGACAAACUGAGUUUAACAUUAGUGUUUCUUGAUGGAUACACAUACAAAUCAUUCUCGUAAAAGCUGAUCAAAGUGGCUCAUCGUGUGUAAUAUGUGCUGACUGCACAUGAUUAAUAAAAUGAAACAUGACUGAGCAUGUUGAUGGCAAGCUGACUAUCUACUCCAGCAUUCAGUCAACAAACGGUCACUGCUUGAAUUAAUUCCGAUUUAUAGAACAUGUUUUUUUAUUCCUCGUAAGACUACCUCCAUUGUUGAUAUCGCGCUUCUUACUUCCUGAUAAAUAAUUAAAACAUCAAAAUUCCACCGGCAUACAGGCCUAGUGCUGAAGCAGAAAGAUCGUCAAUAUCAUAAUCACCUAUUUUCCUGGAGGAGGAUCAUGUUGGUAACAGGAAUGAACCACUGCUCUCUGUUUACAUGCACGCAGUCAAUCCAGCGUUAAUGAAUGACCCAGUCGCCACAAUUUUGAUGUGCAUUUUUUAUGGAGAUUAUUGCUUUAUUAAUAUUGGAAGCAGUCCUGUCGAGUCAGUUAACUUGCUUCAACACAUUCUGUUAUGUGUGAUGCCUGUUUCUCACCAUUUCUAACUCACUGCCUGGCAGUUGUAAGUGCUGCCUACUGAGUACAAUAAAAUAUAUAUAUAUAUAUUUUCAAAGAAUGACAUGAGUAAGGGGAGUGGAGAUUUUAGUGUGCUUAAAAGAAUUAUGCUCAAUUACCUUAUUAAAAAACACACCUAGAAUCCUCAUAAAGGGUACUGAAUGCUUACAAGCACUGAUCUUUGAGGGAAUCAAAACAGAAUGAUUGUCUGUUCUGUAAUCCACUAUAUGCAUAGUCUUCUGGUGACUAGAGCGUACCCAGAUAGCAUGUGACUCCAGGUCGGAUCUGUGCCGAUUCCAGCCUAUCAGUGCUGACUUUGGCCCAGAAUCAAGAUUUUUUUAAUGUUAAAACUGCAGAGAUUUCACUAAAUUUUCCCAUUUUCUUUUCUGUGUAUGAAUUAAGUGAUUAGUGUCUGUCUGCAAUAGUAACCUGCAUUAUUUUUUUCCAUACCAUAUGGAAUUGUAGGAGGGAAUAGGCAAUGCUACUGCAUAAUCCUUCCGUUGGUUUUCAAUAAAUUCCAGGCACAGUUCUGCUACUUAUUUUAUGCGGAAAUGCAGGCAAAUAAGUAUGCUAAAGGUUUGUCCAAUUUCCUGCUUAGAUGGAUUGAAAGCUCCCGGCUAUUUCUUUUGCUUUUAUUUGACUCAAGAAGCCAACAUCAUAUUUUUAGAAGCGUGGCUCUGGGUCAAGCAAAGUCUUUCUUUGCCAAAUGCUUAUACUUUGUAAAAUGCAAUUUUUCUGUGAACUUGCCAGUUAUUCUGCAUGUUUAUUUAUUCCUUAGUGAUGAGGAAGGCAGCACUGGUGCCAUCCAGCCACUGCAUCCCUUGGGUUUGAUCUUGAAAUACUUAUUCAACUAUGAUUAGUUCAAUUAAUGAAAUGGUAGUGUAUUCCUGCUGCAUAGAAGAUCAAGAAAUGGUUGGGUAUACCUGGAGGAGCAUUACUGUUGAGGAUCGAAAAGGUCUUUGUAGAGUUUGUAAAUUCUGUAUGCUACUUGGUCAGGUCAUUCAGUGCCACUAGUGAACUGUGAAAUUUCCAGUGGAAAACUGUUGAAUAUGCUAUUCUACAGUUGAUUUAUUUAACAUGUUUUACAGUUAAUUGAAAUGAUCAAAAUUCAUUACAACAUAUUUCAGUGAUUAAUGAAUAGUUUAAAUAAUUAGUAUUUUUUUAAUGUAUGGAAUUAGUGCGUAUUAUGACAAUACAUUUUAAAAUCUACUGAAUUUAAUAUUCUUUAAUAUGUUAUAUAUGUAAUACUGUACAUGAGACCUCAAGGUUCACUUCUUGAUGUAAUAAAUAUUCUAUAUUUAGCAGUUAAAAUACACAACCAUGAUAGUUUAUUAAGAAAGCUGAACCAAUGGUCAUUCAUUGUGGAAUAGUUAGUAAGAUAGCAACACAUGAUGUGAAGGUCAAAUUCAGGGUGAUUGGCUAGUCAAUUGGGAAAUAACUUUCUCUUGCUUUUCUUCAUAAUAGUUGCACUUGAAAUGCUACAGAUGACAUUAUCUUCAUACAUAUAUGACGACCAGGUGAAUGCUAAGCAGAUAUUGCCUAUGCUGUGCCACGAAUGACUGCUAGGUCACCUUAAGUAGGCUGUUAUAACAACUCCAUUUGUUCACUGUUGGCCUUGGCAGUUCCUUGUCCUUCAUAAGGUUUUCUCUGUGAGCAUUACAUCUGCCAAUAGCUCUUUGCAAUGCACAGUACUCUGUGACUAUAUGGUAGAUGGUUUGCCUAUUCUGUAUCUGGAAUGCUGUUCUCCUCGGUGCCCCCUGGUAUUGUUCAGCAGAUGUUGUUUUCUUGCCUGCUAAAAAGGAAUUUAUGUUCCCCUCUGAUUCACCUGAAAGCCGCUGGUUCAAGUCACCUGUGAAGAAUUUGCAUACCUUUGUGUUUCUACUAGAAACGCUGGAAUCUGAACUGGGUAUGGGUUUGAUUGGACUGAACCUGAAAUGCUACAGUUAAAUGUCCUGCUGUAUAAAUGGAUUGUAUGUAAAAUGUCAUCUGUGUCCAAGAAAGAAAAUGGGCAACAAAAUGUUUUACUGUUAAGUUUGCAUAUAAGGAUGAGGAUGUGCCAAAAGGUUGUUGAAGUUUCACUGAGGUUAUUCCAGAAACAAAAUGCAUUGCACCCCCGGGCACAUCAGACCUAACUACAUUAUAUUGUUUGACUGGAGCAAGAAAAAAUCAGAGAAGGAUUAAAAUGUUUUUUGAGGCUGAGAUUAAAUGGCGGGCAUCUUUAUACCCUUGAAGACAGUGCACCAAAACUGUGAAAUACUUGUUGUGGUCAGUAUUAACUUUUAUCAUCUUUGUAACUGAAUUAUGUAUUACUUUAUUAUACCAUGUUUUGGUAAAAUACUCAAUUGUGAUUGGUCAGACAACGGUGUUGACUAUUUUCCUAUACCCUGCACAUAGAAACAGUAUAAUAUAUAGCAUUAUUAAUUAGCAUAUAUUACAACAUAUUUAAGCAUUACAAUAUGUUUAAGUAUUAAAGUGACCAUAUCAUUGCCUCAAGUGAAUACACAAGCCUGUUCAACAUUAAGGUGAACAUUCUAUUUACUGAAUAUAUUACACUGAAAUGAUAUAAUUUAUAUGCUAUAACGGUUUUUUUUAAUCCUUUAAUAUUAUGCACAACAGACUGCUGAACAGCAGUUACAUUUUUCUGUGGGCGUUUUUUUCCCCUUUUUUUCUUUGACUUACCAGUUAAAGGGUUAGUCCUAUAAAAAUAAAUAAAUAAAACACUUCAGCAUUCAUAAUGGCUGUGUCACACUCAUGUCUUUGUUUAUUUUCAUUUAACCAUGCAGCCCAUCAGUUUUUUCCUUAUUGAAUUAGUAGAGGAAAAACAAACUACUGCAGAAAUAGCAGGGUUUUUAUCACUGAAUUUAUUAUAGUGAUUUAUGUAGACAGUUAAUUAUUUAUUUGCCAUUGCUGUUAUUGUGUAUAUAAUGUAGUGGAUAUGCAAAUCCUGUUAUUCUGUAUAUAGUACAGUGUGUGUGUGUGUGUGUGUGUGUGUGUGUGUGUGGUGCAGUGGGUGUGUAAACGCUAUCAUAACGUGUGCAAUGCAGUAGGUGUGUAAACACUGUUAUUGUGUGUGUCGUCCAGUAAACAGUCAGUGGGUUUACAUGAUGUUUGGAAAAAGUCGAUUUAUUGUUUUAGUCCGGCUAAAACUGGACUUUUAAAAAUCAUGUAAACAUUGUAGUCCGACUGAAAUCGUCGGACUACAAUGAAGUUGAUUUUUUUCAGAGUCGGACUAACAUACCUAGAUAAUGCGGUUGGGGGUUGAUUUACUACGGCAUAUAUACGCUUCAAUAGGCCAAAAAUUUGCCUAGGUGUUCUGUGCAUGUUCCGUAGCUUAGAGGUUCUGCUGUGACAGGUAAUUAACCCGGAAGUCGAACAGCGAGCGCACAAUCGAGGAGGUAUCAUGGUGAAAAAAACACAUUUCUGUAUGGAAGAGGAGACCAACUUCAUGCUAUCACAACUAAAGGAGUUAAAUAUCCUAAAAUACAUGGAUGGAAGAAAAACAUGGAAUGGCAAACUAUUCAAAAAAAGUUGUGACAAAAUUGGAGGAAGCAGGAUAUAUAAGAAGCCCUGAGCAGAUCUGUGUACGGUGGAAGCACCUUAUCACAUUUGUCCCAAAACUAAAGCGUAUAGAAUGUACGAAAUGUACAGCGCUGUAAAGUUGUCCAUUUUUUGUCUUUAAUAGUCCAGGCACAGACAACAUAGACAGACAAAACCAACAAAAGUCCGCCGUUCGACGAGGGCCCUGCUUGCUACUAGCUACCUGUUGUUUUGUUUUGGUUCCACUAUGUGACGCAAAAGGUCAACCGGAAGAAAGUCUUUGUCAGACACACCUUGGAAAAUAAAUCGAUUCUUUCUGAGUCAUGUGUACUGGGACAACAACAAUAGUCCAAUUAAAUCUCAUCUUUGGCCAAAUCAAGCUAUUAAUAUAGAUCGAUUUCAACUGUGCAUGUAAACGCACUGAGUGUAGACACUGUUAUUAUGAGUGUAUAGUGUUGUGGUUGUAGAUGUAGUGUAGUGGGGUGUGUAAAUGCUAUUGUGUGUAUAGUGCAGUGGCUGUGUAAAGGCUGUCAUUGUAUGUGUAGUGCAGAGAGUAUGUAAACGCUGGUUUUGUGUGUGUAUGAUCUACUGGGUGUGUGUAAACCCUGGUGCGAAAACAAGCGUAAAUGGUGUUAAAUGAAGUGAUUUAGGUCAAGUUGAGCCGCUCGGUGUAAAUCCGGUUUGUGAAAUUGAUAUGUGCAUCUUUUCGUUCUGCUGCUAUAGUCUCUUUCCCUCUCAGGCGGUGCUCUCCAGCCCCUGGGUAUCUAAAGGGCCAUCCUUCCUGUUGAUUCAUGCUCAUUGGAUUUCUGUUAUCUGAUUACCCAUCAAGUGUCCUUCCUGCUCCCUGCGUGGUUUAAAGGAGGCACUCUCCUUCUUCAUCCUCUAAUCCAUUGUCUCAUUCUUUCAGUUUGAACUUGGUCGUCUCCCUGCUGCUUAAAAGGGCAAUUUGCUUGUUUUCUCAUGCGUUCGAUUAUUUGUACCCUCCCACACUUGAGAGGAACACCGUCUACUCUACGAAAAGGGAACAGGAAACCUAAUGUGGUUCUGGCAUGAAUUAAAAAUCAAGGUAACGAGCAAACAGUUGUUGACAUACAGUCAUUCAGGCUUUUUGAACAUUCCCGGGGCAUCUUGGGAGUGUCUGAGUGCUUACUUAACACAGCAGUUCCCGACUGUUAGGGUCAUCUGGUUACGGGUUUAAAGAUGGAUGAUUUGGUGGUAAUCACAGCCCAGUCCAUUUUAUUCACAGCUGGCAGACUUUCAUUCUAAAAUUUUAUUUCCAUUUUGCAGUCUGGAUAUGCCUCCUGCGUCUGCUCAAGCUGCUGUGAUAUUGGCCUAGUCUAAAUGGUGUUGAUCAAGUUCUGUUUCAUAGGCCAGCAUUGUUAUCUGUGGAUAAACACACUGGACAAACGGAGCCAGGUGCCAUCACCUGGGUCAUUAUUACCACAACAGCUGACCACUGUCCCCGUUUUGGUAUUAUUAAUCCAUUUUGUUGUGGGCUCACAAUAUGGUAAUUUUGGUGUGAUGGUGGGUUCUCUUAGGGGAAUCUCAUGCUUUUGCUGAAACAACACUGACAAAAAUGUAUCUGUGAAAGCAGCCUGUGUCCUUGACCCACUGGCCAAGUGGUAACCAAGCUCACCAAGUCCACUUUAAAGACAGGUAAACAGGGGAGACCUGGUGUGUGGCAGGGCAUCCCAUAAUUGACCGCCCCACCCCAAAAUGCAACAUGAGUCCAAGAACACAAGCUCCUUCAAGAAAAUUCCAUUCUAGCAUAGCACAAUUGUCUACUUUCAGGGGAGACUGUGUAUCUCAAUCUGUAGGGCAGCAGACUCUGAACCCAUAUAUGAAUCCUGCGUUGAGGCCAGGGAUUCCAUUCUCGCUUGUUGGCUUUUUGUGCUUUUCCAUUGUCUGUCAAAAGGGCAAGAAUACAUCAGAAGGGUGGACUGUCUUUUCUCCUUUUAAAAAUAAGGCUAUACAGUACCACAUGGUACCUAAUUCU